AUGAAGAUGAAGAAAAGGCUGAUGGACGGCCCAGAGCCGACGAAGCGAAUCCUGGAACCACUUAUCCUCCAGCAGCAGUUUGUUAAAGUGUCAGUAUGCCAACCUGAGCUGGGCACCGAGCGGAAGGAGCUCUGCCCACACCAGAUGAUGGUCUAUGCAAGGCACCUGCUGCAUGGAGGCCCCCAGAAGGUGAUCCUUUGCUGCAUAAUGCAGCAUUCAGCUACUAUACUCGACCAGUAUUGUGAGGCUCUCUCGGCUGCAAGCAACUUUUCAGGACCUUAUUGCAAUUCAUCCACAGACCUGAUUGGAACAUGUUGGCACAAAAGCCCAGUUGGGCAACUUGUGACAAGACCCUGUCCAGAAUACUUCAAUGGCAUCCAGUACAACACAACAAACAGUGUGUUCAGAGAAUGCCUCGGAAAUGGAACUUGGGCAAGCAGGAUUGACUACUCCCAGUGCCAACCAAUCCUGCAGCAAAAGAGGAAACACCAGAUACACUACAAGCUGGCAGUGAUUAUCAAUUAUCUGGGACAUUGCCUCUCCUUAGCUGCCCUCAUCAUUGCCUUCAUGCUAUUCAUGCGACUGAGGAGUAUCCGAUGUCUUAGGAACAUCAUCCACUGGAACUUGAUUUCCACCUUUAUCCUCCGUAAUGCCACCUGGUUUGUGCUACAGAUGAUUGAUCCUAGGAUUCAUGCAAGUAAUAAGGUCUGGUGUCGUUUGGUCACAGCUGUUUAUAAUUACUUUUGUGUGACUAAUUUCUUCUGGAUGUUUGGUGAGGGCUGCUACCUCCACACAGCAAUUGUCCUGACCUACUCCACAGAUAAGCUGCGCAAAUGGAUGUUCCUCUGCAUUGGCUGGUGUAUUCCACUCCCCAUCAUUAUGGCCUGGUCAAUCGUGAAACUAUACUAUGAAAAUGAGCAGUGCUGGUUUGGUAAGCGGUCUGGAAAAUACAUUGACUACAUCUACCAAGGCCCAGUGAUCCUGGUGUUACUGAUUAACUUCAUCUUUCUUUUUAACAUUGUGAGGAUCUUGAUGACAAAACUACGUGCAUCCACUACCUCCGAAACCAUGCAGUACAGGAAAGCAGUGAAGGCUACGUUGGUUCUGUUGCCAUUGCUUGGGAUCACCUACAUGCUGUUCUUUGUCAAUCCUGGCGAGGAUGACAUAUCACAGAUCGUCUUCAUCUACUUCAAUUCAUUCCUUCAGUCCUUUCAGGGCUUCUUUGUCUCCAUCUUUUACUGCUUCUUGAAUGGUGAGGUUCGUUCAGCUGUGAGAAAAAGAUGGCAUCGUUGGCAAGACAAUCACUGGAUCCAGACACGGGUUGCCAGGGCAAUGUCCAUUCCAACAUCUCCCACGAGGGUCAGUUUUCAGAGCAUCAAGCAGACAACAACUGUCUAA